CGUGGCCUGACUAAUCCCAAUUUUUCCGAGAGCGUCGACGCCGAUAAUCGCCGACAGAUUUUUUGUUUCUCACGAGAUAGAAAGAAGAUGAAGGUGACGAGAAAGCUAAAGAAGACAAAUCUCCCUGAAGGGGAAACUGGUGGAACGAGAGUUGGGAAAAAAAUUCUGAGGAAGAAGAAAGUUCAAGUGAGCAAUGUCGAAUUAAACGAGCAAUCUCAGGUUACACAGCUCCAAGCUAAUUCAAGUGAGAAACCGAAACGAAAGAAGGUUGAAUUGAAGAAGAAGAUUCAGAAGAUUAAGGAAAUAGAAAGUUCUCCAGCUGAUGGGAAGCUUAGUGGGAAGAUGAAGAAGAGAAAAGAGAAAGUAGGCAAUGCUGAUAUAAGCGAACCGAAUCUGGAAGUCAAAGGAAAGAAGGGUAAAAUGAACAAGAUAAAAAAGAAAAGGAAGGCCGAGGAAAUAAUUAGCGCUACAGUUGAAGCUGAUCAUCUGAAAGGAGAAGGCAAGUCUAAGAAAUCAAAUAAGAAGAAAAAGAUGGACAUGACCUCUACGAAAGAGAACAAAAUUGAAGAGGAGGAAGAUGUUUAUCAAAUUUCUUCAGGCGAUGAGGAUUGCACAAGGGGAAUGAAAAAAUGGGUUACUAAUUACUAUGAGGGUAGACCUGGUUUAGAUGAGCUGCAAAAGAGAAUCGAUGACUUCAUGACUGCUCACGAAGAACGCCUUGAACAGGAGAAACAAGAUAGAGAAGCUAAAGCUGCAGAAGGUGGAUGGACUGUGGUCGUGCAUCACAAAGGAAGGAAAAAGACAACAGAAACUGAAUCUGGAACAGCGGUUGGAUCUUUUUCUCAGGCUGCUAUAGAGGAUAAAAUCUCUAAGAAGAAACAGAGUGAGCCUGUCGCUCAUGGUUUCUACCGUUUCCAAAGGCGAGAAGCACAACUUAAUGAAAUCUUGUCGCUUCAGAGUAAGUUCGAGCAAGACAAGAAGAGGAUACAACAACUUCGGGCCGCUCGUAGGUUUAAGCCUUUCUAAGGAAGAAUACAUCUGCAUGAAAAACAUGAGCUUUGUGGGUAGCUUUGUGGGUUCAGACUCUAAUGAAGCUUCUGAGCAAUAGCAUGAAUGUGUUAUUAUGAUCAAGUUUUGUAAUUGACAAUUUCAGGCUGAUAAACAAAAAGAAAUAUAAUUUUUUCCCUUGGAACAUUAGAUUGAAUAAGUUUUGAAAUUGCAU